GCAGCUCCAGCUUCUUCCAGAAGUUUCCUCACAGGGUUUUCAGGGCUGCUCCCACUCAGACGCCCUCUUACGAACACGUUGCUUUCCGCUGCACCGUUCCAGUGGAGGAACGCGUUUUUCUCGUCGUCUCGGUGCAGAGAACAAAGUUGUCCACGGACUGUGACAGUUCAAGAAGGACAACCUUGACAGCGAGCUAACCCGACCAGCUAGUUUCCACAGCGGUGACAGCUGCGGCGGCGGCGGCGAAGACCGUUAACCGGAGCCGCACGGGACGCAGUACCUACUGGAUGCGUUUGCUGAACAAAACCUGAACCCGCUGACGAUGUUUUUAUGAAGUGGGGGAAGAACUGAUCGGUCAUUGUAAUGGGUAAAGAUUACUACAAAGUGCUAGGAAUAGCUAAAGGUGCCUCCGAAGAUGAGAUAAAAAAGGCGUACAGAAAACAGGCCCUGCGCUACCACCCCGACAAGAACAAGUCUCCCGGGGCGGAAGACAAAUUCAAGGAGAUUGCCGAAGCCUACGAUGUCCUCAGUGAUGCCAAGAAAAAAGACAUCUAUGAUCGCUUUGGUGAAGAAGGAUUGAAGGGUUCGGCUGAUGGAGGAGGUGGAGGACACAGUGGUCCGAGCUACAACUACACCUUCCACGGAGACCCCCAUGCAAUGUUCACAGAGUUCUUCGGCGGCCGCAGCCCGUUUGAUCAUUUCUUCACGCAGAAUGGGGAGGAUGACAUGGAUAUCAACGAUCCGUUCACGGCAUUCGGCAUGGGAGGAAUGGGUGGCAUGGACGGGUUUCACAGGUCCUUUAAAUCCCACCCGGCAGGCCGUCACCGAGCGCACGAGAAAAAGAAGGACCCGCCCGUGGUGCACGAGCUGAAGGUGAGCCUCGAGGAGGUCUUCUCUGGCUGCACAAAGAAGAUGAGGAUCUCUCGCAAGAGACUGAAUCCCGACGGCUGCACCUUGCGCAACGAAGACAAGAUUUUAACAGUCGACAUCAAACGUGGCUGGAAGGAGGGGACUAAAAUCACCUUUCCCAGGGAGGGUGAUGAAACUCCCACCAACAUUCCUGCAGAUGUGGUGUUUGUGGUCAAGGAUAAACCCCACCCACUGUUCAGAAGAGAGGGUUCCGAUAUAGUUUACCCAGCAAAAAUAUCACUUAGAGAGGCGUUGUGUGGAUGUACAGUCAGUGCUCCAACACUGGAUGGCCGGACCAUCACUGUGACCUCCAGAGACGUUGUCAAACCUGGAAUGAAAAAGCGCAUUACUGGAGAAGGGCUGCCGCUGUCCAAGUUCCCUGAGAAGAGAGGUGACAUGAUUUUGGACUUCACUGUUAAAUUUCCGGACAAACUGGGCCAAAGCACACGUGACGCACUCAAGCAGAUCCUUCCCCCGUGACUGGAAAAGGACUGAAGUCUGCCUCAAAACCUGACCAGUUAACAUUUCCUGGUGGCGCUCUCCUGUGUGCCGUCAUAUUUUGGCCUGGUUGAUUGAGGCUCUGGGUUCCAGCUGAGCUUAACUUCAAUGUCUGACUACCAAAACCAUAUGCUUAGCCACUAUCCAGUCAGUUUUACGAGUGUCCAGAAAACAUGUGCUGCGUUCAAAGGACAUAGUCAAAGCAGAGAAACAGAGGUAGUCACUGAAUUGCACCCAUUGGAAAUUAAAUGAAGUAACUGAGGGUGUGCUUUAAGGUAGCACGUAGCCAGCUGCUUCACAAUACCUCAGGUGGACUGACGCAUGCUUGAAUGUAGCUAAAACUACAUUACUCAACAGGACGUGCUGUCGGUUGGCUUUAGAUAAAAUUGAGGCUUUAAAUACUGUGUGGAUCCUAAGAUGUGAAACAUUGAAGGAAUCAGCAUAGGGCUGGGCGAUAAAUUGAAUUAAUUCGAUUAAUUCGAGUUUUUAAAACCUGACGAUUUGAAAAUUUGCCAAAUCAUAAAAUCGAGGCGAGCUUAAAUAUAUAAAAAUACAGAUUCUUCUUCUGCCUUUCACGAUUCGCGCACUGGUGUUUGCUUCCACCUCUCAUCUCCUUCCGCCAAAACACUCACACCCCCGUCAUGGCGGACACAACAGCAGACGAAGAGUUGGUCGCGAGAAAAGGGCCUCAUGUUACAUCGAUUAUAUGGAACUGGUUCGGCUUUGACAAGACUGACACAGAACAAACUACAGUCAUGUGCAAGGAUUGCAAAAGUACUGUGAAAACGAAGAGUAGUAGCACAACUAACCUCUUUCAGCACCUCCGGCAGAGGCACCCUACAGAAUAGGGAGUGGGCUCGCAGCUACGGGAGUGCGGCAUGGCUAGCACUAGCCAUAGCAAACAGACCGCAAAGAAACAACAAACAUCGAUUAAAAUUGUAAUAGUCCAAGAUGACUAAAAAAAUCGAGAUUUUAUUUUUUGGCCAUAUCGCCCAGCCCUAAAUCAGCACCAGUACUGACCUUUAUUAAGAAUCUCAUUUCAUUUUCAGUGUUGUACAUAUACGCUAAUUUCUGGUGUCCCAUAUUCCUGAAAACAAUAUACUUAAUGUGUUCUCAAGACUGAAAAUAGUCCCUUAAUCAUAACACCCCCUGUUAUGAUUAAUAGGGAAGAUUCAGUUAUGUAAAGUUACAUAUGAACCAUCCUGAUUAGCUCCACGCUAAGAUGCUGCAUUGUGCAUUCAUCCAUCAGAUAGUUGAGACGGGGUGAGAGGUGGAGUCAUGGUAGCACUACACAGAUUUUAAAUAUGUUACUCUGUGUUGGCAGAAAUCCGAUUGAUGGAUCUGUAGUGUUAAAUAUUGCACAUGUUGCAAAAUGUUUACUACAGGAGUGCACACAUUAUUACUAGGGCUGUACCCGAAUAUCUGAAUAUUCGUUCGCUAUGGCAGUAUGCGGAUAUUAAUUUUGGUAUCCGAAUAUUCGCCCCCCCCUCCCGGUCGGACGUCACCGGGCGGAAAGAAUAUGCACCGUUACUGUCUUCCCUCCGCCUUCGGCCCACAUCGGCUCAUCCCAUCCUGUGAUCACAUAAACAGAUACACAUAUGUCUAUGACAUAUCCAUUCGUGUUUGUUACCACCACCGGAAUGGCCAGGUUGCUGCCGACUCUGACGUCACGCUUCACUUCGUUGCAUAAACACAAGACAAGAUGCUGAAGACCUCCACUGUUUGGGAAUUCUUCAGUUUAACUGAAGACAAAACGAAGGCAAAAUUUGGACCCGGGAGACCAGACGAACGGAUCCGAAUAUUCGGGCCAUCUCCGCCCGGUCGUUAUGGGGGCGGAACGAAUAUUCGGAUAUUCGUCUUUAAUAGGGCCCGAAUAUUCGGAGGCCAGAAACCACUAUUCGGGCCAGCCCUAAUUAUUACUCAUGUAAAGUAUUUAUUGGAAGACUUUAUGUGCCAAACUAUUGUCCAUGUGUAAUUAUAAUAUGUAUGAGUGGGUCUAAAAGUAUAUUGAGGGCAUGUGUGUAUCCUGUCAUGUGUGAUCAACUAAAAUCUAACUUCAUUUCUACAUUGUUAAGAUGCACAGUGCAUUUAUGAUAUUUAAUCCGAAUAUCAUAUGUAUUUAUAUUUUAGUUGAUCUGUUCCGAUAAUUCUGUCUGUUUGACUGCUUAUUGAAUCAAAAACCAGCGUGUUAGUUGUUCUUUUUAGCCAAUAUGAUAGAAACCUGGUGGAUCUGAUUAAAUAUUACAGACGGGGAUGUGAAAAAAAAAAGAAUUAAUUUGGUUUGAUUAUUCUGUCCUACACCAUGACCUCUCUUUUACCUCACAGCAUUCACUCCAAAAUACAAACGUAUCUGGACGUAUCUGUUGUCACAGUUCAGCAAAAGUCUUUGGUGAUGAUGGACGUUUGUGAAUCAGUUGAUUAAUUUUGCACUUUCAAUUUUAGUGUAGAUGUGACGGUCUUAGGGGGAGCGAAACCCCACAUGACGAUCGUUAUUUGCCGCUUCAUCUUACCUCGGCUGAGGUUCUACGUUUCUGGCACAAACAUGUGGUUUAACAUGAAUGUAGAGAUGUGUAAUCUCUGUAAUUUUAUUUUAUUUUUUUGUUUCCCUAAAGGGUGUUUUUUCUUCUUCUUUCCUUUUGAAGGAAAAAAAAUGUAAAAGCGGUAGUUUAUUUUACCUCUUGUUUAUGUUUUGAAAUUCCUCAGGUUGGGAUCCAAAACGCUUUGACUUUUAACAACAAAGCUUUUAUGAGUAGAUAAUAGCAUGGAAAUUUUUAAUAGUCCUUUCCUAUGCUGUGAUGAUUUUCAAUUCCACAUUAAAGAGACUGGCAAACAAAA